AUGUCUAAGCAAGACUCCUUCGAUGGCGGGGAUCUUCCUCCCCCGUACACUGAAUCCGGCCCCUCAGCAUCACUACCUUUAUCAGAACCACGACAGUCAGUCACAACUAUCUUCUCCUCACAUUUGAACAACCUUCCCCUACGCAUUCAAUCCGUUCAAGCAGUUCGCAACUCAGCGCGCGAUGAACGGGACAGUGAAAUACUCACCCUGCUGGUGCCUCACAUUGAGGAUAUGCUCUCGUCAAUAGCGGCCAUGGAUCCGCCACCACGAGUCGUCGAAAUGACCAUGGUGCCAGAAGAAGCAGUUGGUGAAGGGUGGUUCUUUAGCGAUGAAGAUCAAUCCCGAACCGUUGUGCGUGUUAAAGAAGAUCGCAAGCUAGUAGGCGACCAAAAGAAGCCUGUUAAGCAAAGUGAACCCCCAAAAAACAGAGCUUUCGACGAAUGGGGCCGAUGGGAAGACGACACCCAAGAAUCGGCCUCAGACGACGUUCUCUGGUGGUCAGAUCACGACAUGGCAGUCCGUCUCGCAAAGUACAUUUCCCCAGAACGAGUAGACCGUCAGGUCGUCAAAGCACACGUCGAACAAGCAAAGAAAGCAUCAAGAUGGGGCUUAUUCAAGAAAUCUGAACCAUCGACACCACCGGCGCCAGUAGUAAAGGCACAGGAGGAGGAACCGGUUACUAUGACGGUCAAGGCUGAGGAGGUUACGUUUCGGCGGGAGAACGAGAUGGGUAUUUGGGAGGGCAAGACAGGAUGGGGCUUGGUGGUCAAGGUCAAGUUACGGCAGUGA